AUGGCGUCUCUCCGCAGCAGGUUGGAGGCGUGGAUCAGGGAGCAGACGGCGAAAAUGGGGGCCUUGACUUGGUCCCCGCCCCUGACGCUGCAGGUGCCCGUGCGAUGGAGGUGGCCGCCGUGGUGGCGGGACGUUGGGAAGAAGGAGCAGGAGAAGCGGCUGCGUGAGGAGUUCGAACUCCGGCGGAGGCAGCUCCAGGACCUCUGCGGGGCCGUCAAGGCCGAGUCCAUUGCCGAUCUGCAGGAGGUCAUCUGCUCUAUGGUCCUAUCCGAGUGCGUCUACAAGGUCAGUCUCUUCCCUUGAACUCUCUUAUCCCCAACUCUACGCAUUUGUCCAUGGAUCAGUCGCUGUCCGGCAUAUUAUUGUUAUCUUACCUCCUCCACUUCCUCCGCCUCGUCCGGCCAAAGAGUAAGUCCAAUCAAUCAUGGGGUUACCUAUUGGUAACUUACCCAUAAGGUGUAUAGGCUCAAAUGAGCUUAAUACUCAAAAUCAUGGAUAUUAUGCUCUGUGGAUUAAUGAUGAUUUUCCGACAUUGUCUCAACAACUGAUUCAGGUAUGUUGCCUUGGAUCAUCCGCAAAUUUGUCUCAACCAAACCCCGAAAUGAGACUAGGGAACAGCGAAAGCUAAACACAGAGAGUUGGUUGCUCAUACGUGCCUUGACUUAUAGUCCAGAUGAAAGGGAGCAGACCAUCAAUGCCUUAGUCACCUUGAAAACCUUUGGUUAGAAAAAUGGUGAUAUUUUAAUUAGAAAGAAAGACAGUGAACUGGUUUUAAGUAUCUAUCGCUUGUUUUGUGCUUCCUGCAAUUUUUUGUGGAAUUAAUCACGUAAUCCUGAUGAUAUGUUUAGAGCGAUGUUUCUCUCGUUUCCUUUUCAUCAAUCUUCUCUCAGUCUUAUCAAAUUUCUCCAGCUCUUGUAUGUUUCAGUUACCUAAAACACAUACUACUGCGGUGCCAUAGCAAAAACUAUUUGCUAUAUAAGCUACUUUUACUAUUAGGAAUAUGGAGUAUUCUCAAGAUCUCUUCGUUGUUUUACCUGUAGAGGCCUGCCAGUGAGGUGAUUCGAGUAAUUAACAAAUUCAAAGCUGACUUUGGUGGGCAAGUUGUCUCCCUUGAGCGUGUACAGCCUUCUCUAGAUCAUGUGCCUCACAGGUAGGUCUGUGUAUAUCUUCUUGGGUUUGUGUUUCAUGGCUGCAGAAAGGUUUUUCCUUCUCAAUAUAUUUUGCCAUGAUUACAUGGAGAUGUAUUGAAUGCGGAUUACAUAAGGUUAAUUUUGGCUAUCAAAUGAUGAAAAAUAACCAAAGUUAUGUCAAGAAGCAUAACAUGGAGCACAAGGUGUCGAAGAUUUGAUCACCUGGAUGUUGUGCUUACUUAUCCCGCGCAUAUCUAAACAUCAUGAUGAUUUGAAAAUAUUUGUAUUUCAUGAUGUUUUUGUUUUUCGUUUCAUCAUUGCUUCCUUGUGAAUGUUUGGAAACUUUGACCUGUGAGCAUUUAAAGAAUAUGACACAUAGUAAUGAAAGAGAUGACGAUGUAGCACUGUUAAAGGGUCACAAAUGGCUUUCAAGGUUAAACCUUUAAGUGGAGGGGUACAGUACUUCCACCCUGGUAGCCGAAGAUAUUUAGGGUAAUAUGUAUCAUCUGUUGUGUUUGUUUCCCUACUAAGGGUAAUUUUUGUUUUCCGGUAGCUGAUUUUAUACAUUUUCGGAUAUCCUUGCUGCUUUUUUUCUUACCAAAUGAUGUUAAUCUGAUAAGCCUCCCAUCAUGACAUACUCAAGACGGAAGAAGCUCCCAACUUCUUCCAGUCCAACCGAUGUGUGUAUGUUAGUAAGCAUCAAUGUGCGAAGGGGAAGGCUGAGGGUUAUAAAUAUGGGAACUCAGUUAUGUAGUAGUCAGGGAGAAACAUUUAGUCUCAAAGUAUCCGGAGAUCCUCCACCUGUUGUGGUAGAACGGGUUCAUUCUCCACGACUCUAACCCCCAUUUCCCCAAUCCCCUGUUUCCCAUUCUUCUCAAAUGAAAUUCUAGUCUCUUCUGAAUCAAGGUUCUUACCAUAAUAAAAUGAAGUGGGUAGAAAUGUUUUAUUGAAGUGAUUCAUUACACUCAUAAUUAUUUGAAGUAUUUUCAAAGAUUCGAUAAAAAAAUGAAUCCUUUUAAACAUUUUGUAUAAAUUUUUCAGAUCAUUUUUCGUUUUAUUUUUAAUUGAAGGGCAAAAUAUCUUCCGAUUUUUUUAGGUCAUUAUUGAGAAGGAGAAGAGUUGAUUAGUCAAUGAGAUCAAUUAUCAACGGGGGUUUUUUUAUUCUACUUGAUCUGCCUUACUUCGAGAAGAACGUUCAUGUCAUUGAUUGUUGCCGUUGCACAGUAAGUGGAAAUUGAUGUGACAGGCUGGAAGGUUUGCAUUUAAUUGGAAACCUCAAAAGGAUGGACUGUUUUCAAUAUAACAAAUUAGGUUGUAGAAAAUCAAUUUGCAAUCAUAUCCUUUGGUUGGAAGUGGAUACAGUAUUAUCGAUUGGGUCCAGUAUAAUCCAACACAAGAAUACAUUUUCCUUCCACCAUCUUAAUUAUUGGGCCCGUUCUUGCAGCUUGUUUUCUUAGUUGACAGCUUUUUCGUCAUUAAGGCCUGAAGGAUCAUUGUUUCCCGAUGUGAAACUAGUUUGCAAAAUUCAAUUCCCGCAUAGAGCUUGCUUUCGAAUAAAGAACAUUCUGUCCUCUAAAUUUCAAAUUACGGGUUGAGCAAGUCUCCAAUUUUCUAAAUGUUGUGUUUCUGCUUAACCAGCUAGAUUUGGGCCAUCUAUUGGUUGAGGAAAAGGGAAAUUUCAGACAAACUAGAGUGUUUAGAACUUUUUCAGUAUUGGUAUCUGUUUAGCUGAAGAUUGGAGCAUUCAAGCAAAUCUGAUUCUUAGUUAACAGGUGAGAAAUAAUCCCGUGACUAAACAUCCGAUGAAUUUCAUGUCGAACUAAGAGAUUAUUGAUUGGUUUCCCGUUCAAACUGGAAAGAUUGGCACAGGAGAAGCAUCUUCACUACUUUUUAUUCACAAUUAAAGCCAUUGGCUCAGCAAGACAGACUUUUUUUUUUUUUUAAUGAUCUCUAUCCAUUAGGAUCUGCAAAAUCUUCAUGGUUACAGUUUUCUGAAGGGAAACUUCAUUUUUAAUAGAGUUUUUAUUCAUGAAUUCUAAUAGGGAUGUGCUUAUUGAGUUUAAAUUGGCAACAGAAUCAUUAUGAUCUGAUGUUUUGCUUUUUCAUUUUUUUUUGGUUUGCUUCACUACUGAAUGUAUAUGAUGCCCUCUAAGAUAAUCUUGAUUAUAGUAGAUACAAUUCGCUCAGUUAUUUCCAUCUUUAUGCUGAUCCAUUGUCUAUCACUUUCCGGUAAAACAAAGAGGCAUUGUGUAUUAGCUAUUGCUUUCCCUCCACUCAUUGUUUGGCAUUACAUUUUAGAUUCUCGUUUUGGGUAUUGUCUGUAAUUUGUUGACUUUUCUUGAAAAAUCAUUUCAGUUUUCACAAUUCUUGUACUGAUACUUCUUUGUCACCGCCAAUUUCAUCCAGUUUGUUGCCUCUGUCAUUGCAGAUAUCUUUUGGCUGAAGCAGGCGAUACACUUUUUGCCUCAUUUAUUGGAACAAAGCAGUACAAGUAAGUGAAACCUGUGGAGCUGGUCUUGUUCUCCUCAUCUCCAUGAUAUGGGUUACAAAGUUACGUAAUAUUUAUGAUUUUCUAUUAAUAAUUUUCCUAGGGAUGUCAUUGCCGAUGCAAAUAUACUUCAAGGGGUCAUAUUUCCUGAGGAAACUGUUGACAAUAUAGAGGAUAGUGAAAACAAGAUGGAAGAAAAGCUCACCAAACAAAUUCUACCAAAAUCAAAUGGUUUGCAAAAGAAAUCUAAGCCUGCCGCUCAUCGGGUGAAUACUUUUUUAUCAUUUUUUGGUCGUACCCAAAUUAUUUUGUAAACUUUUUUCAAUGCUUUACCUUCUCAUUAUUAAAUGCUAGUUUUUCGUUCUAGAGAUUAUCUUUCAAGGUACAUGUGCAGAUGCUAACUCAUAUUUACUGUCUCUCCACAUCCGUGGAUAUGGCUGAAAUUAUGAUUGUGACAUCAUUUAUUUUGUUUUCUUAUGUCUUUUAUAGAUGGUUAAGAGUAUCUGCUCAUGCAUAUUUCAUAAUGUUGCGAAUGACAACCCAUGCUUUGAUGGUGGAUAAAUACAUACUGGGCAUCGGUUAGAGUACAUGUAAGGAAACUACGUAAUAAGAAGGCAUAGAAAGUGAAAGAGUGAUAGAUGGUAGAGAUAGACAAGCACAGAAUACCCAGUAAUGAAAGAUGGUAGAAAGGCACAUCAGUGGAUAUUUAAUUUUUGCCGUUUCCCUCUGUGAAGGUUAUACUCGACUUCUUUUAAUAUUGUUCCCUAAGAUACGACUUAGGGGGGUAGCUAUGAUUAAGAUAAAACUGGAUUUUUUUUAUGUCUCUCAGAAAACCCUAGGUUUUGUUGGUCCUAUAAGAGGAUCUGAUUACUACAUGUUAGUUGCUAGCAUUUUUUCUCAUGUUGAACCAUAGUGAAAUCUCUGUCAUAACCCAGAAAAGCACCAUGUCUCCUCUCAAAUAAAAUAAAAUAAACACUGUUGCUCGUUAGGAUGAUGUGGGAUAUUACUCCUAUUCUCAUGUCUGCCGUUUAUCUCCAUCAGUAAUACUUUUUCUCGUUUCUAGUAUUUUUCUAAUUAACUGAGAUCUCUCGUUUUUCAAGUUAUUCUCCUUAAGAUAUCUCAUUUUUCCCACUGUAUAGCAGGAGCUGUUUCGUUUUGUAAUAUUUAUAAUCUGUUUUCUUCAUUAGUUGCCAAUGUACGUUGUUGAAGAUGCUUAUAAUAGUGUGGAUUGUUUUCCUUUACCCAAUUAUUUUUAGGGAUUUUUGGCCCGUGCUAAAGGAAUACCAGCAUUAGAGUUGUACAAGCUUGCACAGAAAAAGAAAAGGAAACUUGUUUUAUGUGGACAUUCACUUGGUGGGGCUGUAAGUGUCGUACUUUUUCUUCUUUUUUUUUGUUGCACUUUGCCCUUGGUGAGACAACUGGAGCGUUCAUGCCUCAAUUUUUCCUUGUGAAGGUAGCAGCACUGGCUACCCUUGCUAUUUUAAGGGUUAUUGCUUCAUCUUCAUCCAAGGAUCAAGUGGAAGUUCAAAUUAAGUGUAUUACAUUCUCCCAACCUCCAGUUGGGAAUGCGGCUUUAAGAGAGUAAGUUUUUGUUGAGAUAUUAUAUGGCAUCUACUAUCUUCCAUUUAAUUCACUGAUUCCGCAUGACUAUUUUUUCCAAGGUGUUAUUCUUUUCUCAAAUUCCAUAAAAAGUAAUGGUUGUUUUGUAUGUGUUCUGAUUAUAGCUAUGUCCACCAUAAAGGAUGGCAGCAGUACUUUAAAUCCUACUGCAUUCCAGAGGACCUGAUCCCACGUAUAUUAUCUCCUGCUUAUUUUGAUCACUACAACGCGCAACCUCCACAAUCCCCUGUCGAUGCAAGAGUUUCGGGUUCAUCUUCACUAAAGAGUGAAGAAGGUACCAAGAGGCCUUCAACAGCAGAAAAUAAAGAGGGCAAUAAGGAGCAGCUUGUAAUGGGGUUAGGCCCUGUUCAGACUUCAUUGUGGAGGCUUUCCAAGCUUGUUCCAUUACGAGGUGUAUGGAAACAACUGGAUAGAUUUAAAGGGAGAAGAUAUCGAUCUGGGGGAGAACUGUCAGAUGUAGAAUUGGCCUUAGCAUCAACCGUUGAGGAAGCAGAAAAUGGGCCAUCAUCUCUUGAAAUACAAGAGGGUAUUGAUGGAAUAUCUCUUUCUCCCAUUCCUACUGUAGAUAAAGAGAUGGUUAGUGAAGAAAAGAAUGGCCACACAGCGGAUAGAAAUUCUCUGGAGAUUGGAAGUGCUUGGCGUAGUGUUCCUUAUUUGCCGUCAUAUGUGCCAUUUGGAAAGGUAAGCAUUGCAAGUCCUGACAUUAUUAUUUUUUUGCCAUCUACGCUGCAGAAGCAACUGUUCAUUCAGAGGUUGUCAGCCAUGGUUUAUUUUGUUAUUUAGAUUUACCAUGCUAUAUUUUCAUGUAUGAAAUGCUACCAUCUUCAAUGAAAACAUGGAUUACUAUUCUCUUUUGGAAAUGGAUCAUUGACUCUAUGCCUGAACUUUUUUGGAAAUGGAUUAUUUUAAUUUAUUUUGGAAUAUAAGAACAGAAAAGUAGUGACUAGUCAUCUUGUUUGGAGGUAAAAACAAAGGGGCUAAGCAUGUGUUAGCGCCUAUCUGUGGAUUGUUCUCCUGGACUGAAUGACAAAGAUAUGGGAUGGUGGCUGUGUGUCCCCUAGAAUUAGGCUCCACUUCUCCAAAAAAGUUCAGGAAUAAAGGAAGAAAAAUAAUUUUCUUCUUCACAGGGUUACCCUGAGGAAAUCACGGGGAACAAGUCCCCGUGAAACCUGAGUAUUGGUCAAUUAUUUGAAGACCCAUAUUGUUCCUGUUUUCUAUGAUUGAACUAACACAUUUUAAUUUCCUGCAUCCAGCAGAAUGGAGGAUUGUAGAAAGUAAAGCUGAAGUAUGUAAGAACAUGUAAUGACUCAAGUCAUUACAAGUAAGAACUGAAACAAGAUGAGAUUUCUGUGACUGCUCCUUCGGGUCAUUCACUUCAAACUCUCAAUUAUAUUCAAAAUUUUCCUUCAGCUGUAUGCCUGAUUUCGUUUACUGAAAUUUUCUGCAUAAAAUAUUAUGAAGUGUGAUGGUCUUGGCCAGCAAUGAAAAAAUGUGUGAUGAUAAGCAUCUCAUGGAUCGACUAACAUCAAGUAAGAAAUACAUUUUUAUUCCGGUUUGAAAAAAAAUCGGUUUAUUUCCUUCCAAGGGCAUCCUGGGUAACGAGAUCUGUUAUCUUUUUCCUUAUUUGUUUUAUUUGAACUAAGUCUGAAAAAAAUCAGGCUGACAUUUUACAAUAUCCCAUACAAAAUAACUAGGCAUUGGUUUUAAUUUGAAAGUUUCAGAUUUAGAGUCGAGUGGUUUGACUGAAGACCUGAUUCCAAUGUUUUUUAGCAUACAGGAGACGAUGGUCAAGAUGUGAGAGAAGGGUGAAGAGAGACCACGGAUGGUUGAAAAUGCCCUUUUCAUCUUGUGGGAUCAAUUGGCUUCUUAUGGAGGGCAGGGGUACAAAAAUUUCUAAAUGCUCUCAUUGUAGGGGGCUAAUGAUGGGACGGAGAAAAAGAAUGGAAGGAAAUAAAAGAUAAAAUUCACUGUUGCUGAUGUUGAUAACCAUGACCCACCAUAACUUUCUGUCUUCUGUUGCUCUUUCCUGCGGCAAGGGAUUGCUUGCUGGUAGCCUGUCACCAUUCCCCACCCUCAAAGGGAGAAAAAUUGUGGUUAUGGAGUUAAAUUCAGGAUGGUUAAUAAAUCUUGAAAUUUCUCUAAAAUUUUCAUUGCAUCUUCUAGUGUGUUUAUAUCCUUUUAUUGUUUGAUUAGAUAUCUUCUAUCAGUUUUGUAGGCAUACCACUUUUUUCUGUUUUUAAUCGAUCCAAUUCCAAUCUGGACUAGAUCAAACCUAGUUGAUUUUUAGGCUGAUCCGAAUUUGUGUCAACACGCUUCCUCCCUUUCACUUCAUUUUUCUUUUGUUGCUUUAGAUGCCUUUGAUUUGGUUGGGUUGACAAAGAGUAAAAGAUGAGGCUUCCGUUGCAUGGAAGUACAUUUUUUGCAAAAUCAUUAGAGUUUCAUCUUCUUUUAUUGAAAUUUAUUUAGAAGCACACCUAAAACUUGUGAACUGAUGAUGUUUUGUUUUUUAUGGCUCGCCAAUCUAGAAUUCAACUCCAACUCUGCAUGAGAGAAGUUUUUGGUCCUCCCUGUUACUAAUGAUUUUUUUUAUCAUUGUUCUGCAUCUUGCUGCAUUUUUUAUUUAAUAUCCUUCUUCCAUAGUGUGCAAGCACAGGAGGAGACCUGCUAUUGAGUUGUGGCUUUAUCAAACUGUUUUACUAUUUUAACGCUUGGGUGUUCUCAUGUGAUUGAAUUUCUGUAUAUCAUGCUUAACAGCUUUAUCUCUUGGGGAAUUCAUCGGUGGACUUCCUAUCUGAUUCAGAAUAUUCAAAAUUGACAUCGGUACGAGUUUCACAGUUAUUCAUUUUAAAAAGUUGGUAUUCCACGUAGUUUAAGGAGAUCAUGUAUAUCCAAACUUCGGACUCCUCAAAAGUGAAUCUGUAGAUUAUUAUAGGCACUCAUGUUGGUUGCUUUGUGAUGGCAAAGGCAUUUGCAGGUGAGGUCUGUGAUUUCAGAAUUGAGGGAGCGAUUCCAAUCACACUCUAUGCGAUCUUAUAGAUCACGUUUCCAAAGGUGAGUUUUAUCACAUUUGUGUAUAAAUUCGAUUAUGAAUGCUGAAAUCAUAUUUAGUAACUCUUACGAGAGCUGCUUCGAUUCGAUCGAUAAUACACAUUUAGUUUCUUGUGUUUCUCGUUUUCUCUGAGCAUAUGGAUGCUUCUCUUAUCCUUCCAUAACAUGAAAGUUAAAAUCUCGAGGGAUAAAGGUUCACUUGUUUUUUAUCCAUUGAUCUGGAUUCGAGAGUUGGUUGAACGCAUUCUGAUAUAUGUUGUUGGCGUAUGGAUAGCAUAUAUCCCUACUCUAUCGGUGUCUAAACUGAUGAAAGAGGAGAAUGGCCCGCACAAAGUAAAAACAUAUAUGGACUAGCCUGGCCCCGCUUUGCUGAAAACCAAUCAAUAGAAGAGAAAAAGGCCAUUUUUUAUCCUCCCAUUUAGACUAUUGAAGCUUAUAUAGACAAAGAAAUGGCUUUCUCUCGCCAGAUUAAAUUAGAGAUUAUUUUCUGUGUUUAUUCAGCUUUCUUGGUGUAAUAACAGCCUUGUAAAUAGAAAAGAACUGACCGAAUAAACAUUUUUUACUGAGUGGAAAACGUGCCUUUUUGUUCCAUUGGUUGGCAAGGUAACCAUGAAUAGACAACGCAAGGUAGAAAAAUGAGAUUUUAAAUAAUGGGAGGUAGAAAGAGAAUAAUAGGGUAAAGGAAGGGAAAGGAGAAUUUUACUUACUCUUUUUGAAGUAGCUAUCGGAAAACUGCCGCGAGGAAUAUGACAUAGACUUGGUAUAGACGAAGCCUAUAGUGGAUAUAACCCGCUGUAUUAUUAUUAUUAUUAUUUAUUUUUUUGAGUUCUUUCAUCUUUCUGUAUUUUUGUAAUGAUAAAUUUGUUUCUAGAAUCUGUAAUUGUCUUUUCACCUUGUAAAACACUGUUACUUGCGUGAGUCUUACUCUGAAGAUCUAAAACUUUCAGCAAUCAUCUUCAACUUAUUAUUAUUACAUUGCUUGUGGUUUGGAACCUUGAUUCGUCGCUUCUGCUUUCAAAUAUACAUUUGUAUGUAUCUGAGCAUAUUGAUAUCAUUUUCCGUAAGCGUAGAAUUCAUCUUUUUUCUGUUAUGCAAAUCGUCAUCUACUUCUCUCUCUCUCUCUUUUUCUCUCUCUCUUUCUAAUGAAUGUACUAUCUAUGACCUCGAAACUGAAUACGGCCAAGGCUUACCCCUGUUUUCGUUACACUUAACUCUACUGCAUAAAUUGUAUAUAAUAGUUCCAUAACAUAUUUUCCCCCUGAACAUGAGAAGUUUGUCAUGGUUUAUGCCUGAUUUCUUGGGUUGCAGAAUUUAUGACCUAUUCAUGUCAACGAACGCUACACCUUUUCUUGGAGGGGAACAGUUGUCUCAGUUUCCACACUUACAACAGUGGCUUGGUCUUUCUGCUGCUGGUACUGUGGAACUUGGCCACGUUGUAGAGUCUCCUGUUAUACAAACAGCAACUUCUAUUGUUCCUCUUGGAUGGCGUGGUAUUCCUGGUGAAAAGAAUGUGGAGCCUUUGAAAGUUGAUGUCACCGGUUAUGGGCUCCAUCUGUGUUCUCUUGUUCAAGCCCAAGUCAAUGGCAACUGGUAUGCUCAAUCUCCCACCCACCCCCUUCCCCAGAAGGGUUUUUUUUUUUUUUAAAAAAAACUUUAUGAGUCUCAUUAUUUUUUAAUGUCAUAGGUUCUCAUUAUCUGUGAUCAGAACAGGACACCACACUUAUAGAAAAUUAAGAAAAUUCUUCCUCUGUAUUUUUCCUUUAUUAUAUUUAUCUUUGUUGCUGGGUUUCAUAAUUUUUGAGUUUAAACCUGGAAUCUGAAAGCAGCAUGUAAACUGAAGUACCGUUAUUAUUAAUUAUCAUGUGACACAUGAAAAACUCACCCUCUGAAAAUCCAUUUUGAUUUUGUUAUUCAGUAAGAUCAUAUUCCAUACUGAAAAAUGGUAGCCAAAAUCGAAGAGAAAUCUCAAACGAUCAUGCCUCCGAGCAGCUUGAACAUCCGUUCAACGUUCUUGAAAUACAUUUUAAAAAUUUUAAAGUUUCAACUGUAAGCCAUGAAAUAGAUUGGCGGCAGUGUCUAUGGAAUGGAGGAGAGGAUCCCUUUACUUCUGAUGGAUGAACUAACCAGGCAUCAAUCAACAUCUGCUUCUCACAGCAAAAUACGAUGUGGCUGGUGAUCUAAGUCUUCAUUUCCGCUCAUAUUCUCUUGUUACUGAACUGAGCUGAACUGAGCUGAACUGAGCUGAACUGAACUGUUUAUUGCAUCACUAUCUAUCAUUAGAUGAUUUUUUCUUCUUCAUUUUCCCAUUCAUACUUACAUAUCAUCAUAUCUAUCUAUCAUCUUUGUAUACUCCUGGCGACGCGUUUGCCCAGGUGCUCCACCGUGUUGGAAUCACCGCCGCCGAUGCCGUCAAAUUACCUGAACCACAGCGCAGCACAAGAUUUGCAGAAGAUCAGAGUCUUGAUCGGGCCGCCGCUUAAGCGGCCAUUAAAGCACCCCGGUAUCGACGAGUCGUUUCCCAAUCUCCCAUCUCCUGCCGCGGCGGCGCCGGCGAGUAUCAUCGGUGCAGCAGAUGAGGACCACACUGGGAGGCCCCUCAUUGACAGCGGAGUCCAAUCCACCCAUCCUCUAAACGACCUCGUCAUAUACUGCACCAGCGAUUUCGUCACCGUCUGCAAGGAAGUCUACGUCCGAACCCGUCGAGUGCGGUUGCUCGGGCUCGAGGUGCUCUACCCAUAUAAUUAAAUGAAAUUCUCCCGAAGAAAUCGAUCCAAUCGAUUGAUUUCUGCAUCCACAAUCAACAUAGUUCUGGAUCUCUGCAGGGCUCCGGCAAGACGGCCUUGUUCAAUUCGAUUGUGGGCGAAGGCCGCCCGGAGGAGGGUCUUCCGUCUUCCCCGAGUGGCGUUCAUCCGCAGGAAGCAAUAGCUGGUGGCUUGUGCUACCUUGAUUCAGCGGGGAUCAAUUUGCAGGCAAAAUUUCAUUAUCAUCGUCAUCAUCAUCAUCUCCACCUUGGAGUAUUAGAAUUUCCGAUCCUGGGUGGCUGUGCAGGAUUUACAGUCGGAGGCGGAGCGGUUCAGGGAGGAGUUGCAGGCGGGGGAGGGGGAUCUGAGGAGGAGGAGGACGGACUUAGUGGUGCUGGUGCACAACCUGGCGCACAAGAUCCCAAGGGACCGCCGGCCUGGCAGCGGCAACAUGGCGGAGCGACGGCCAGCGCUGGCGGCGUUCCUGGAGGAGGCGGAGGCCAGAGGAGUCCCCUGGGUGCUCGCCAUAACCAACAAAUUCGCCGUCAGCGCUCAUCAGCAGGGGCUGCUCGUCGGCGCCGCCAUGGAGGCCUACCGCGCCUGCCCCGACCAGACAGAGAUCACCAAUUCCUCUCCCUACAUCGUCCCCAGCACUGGCCGUGCCGCCGUGGGGAACACGGCAGGGGAGGACGGCCCCGCCCAGAGGCUCGCCUUCGUGCGGAUGCCAUUCCAGAAGAAGAAGGCGGUCAUGCCCAUCGAGGGUGUGCCGGCGCUGCGCAGGCUCGUCCACCGCGUGCUCCUCAGCCGUGAGGAGGCGGCCCUUGAGGUGAGAAUAAAAGACGACCCACCACCACCACCACCACCACCGCCGCCGCCGCCGCCACCACCGCCGCCACCACCGCCGCCACCACUACCAGUUUUUGGUUUUUCUCUGUUUUUAUGAAGGGCUGAGAGCGGUGGCGGUGCCGCUGCCUGUUGAUUGCAUGGGAGACCCGCCACCACCAGCGCCACCACCACCAAUUCCCAGUUUUUUCCUUUUUCUGCUUGCAUGAAGGAUUGAGAGCGGUGGCGGUGCCGCCGGUUGUUGGUUGCAGGAGCUGGUAAUGGAGAGGUUGGCGGCGGAGCUGGCGUGGCAGAAGGCCUCCGGCGGUGGGGAGGCCGGCGGGGAGCUGCAGGAGAGCAGCAGCGGCGGUGCGCUGACCGCUGCCGCCGUGGGGGCCUCCCUUGGUGCGGGGCUGGGGAUCGUCAUGGCCAUCGUCAUGGGCGCUGGAUCGGCCUUGAGGAAGCCUUGA